ACAACACCAUCGCAUCAGCACCAUCGUUGAUAGGUAAGAACAAAAAAACCGGACGCGCAGAUCUUAAUCCAUGACGUCAUUGGUGUUGUAUGUUGGUUCAGACAGCUCCCACCUUCAUCUUGACGAAGAUCACCAUGCUGGACACCCACUUUUUCACCUUCUCCCUUCGCAUCGCAAGCGUGCUGGAGUUUCUGGUGGCGCUGGCCUUCCCAUACGCCUUCCUGAUGAGCAACAAGGGCAUCGCCAUGCUCAACGGGUUCGUCCUGCCCUUACAGAAGGGCGGGAUGACCGAUGCCGCAUUGGCGGAGGCACAGCAGGCAUCUAUCGAGUCCAUUCGGGCUGUCAGCGCGCCCACGGCAUUCCUCUGCCUCGUCGCGCAGUUCGGCGUGCUGUUUAUGCUCGGCUUCCAGGUGAGAUGGUGUCGGAUUGGCUGACCAUCCAAAGAGCUGGCUUGAUGGCUCCUUGGGGUGUCUGUGUCCUAUCCCUCUCUGUCUGUGUGCGUCUUUGAUCGAUCAGCUGCGUGUGUCGUGGCUGGCGACAGCAACUCACAUAAGGCAAUACCGGUCCGGGUGUGAUCUGCUGCACAUGGGCGUGCUCUUUGGCCUCAUUUGGACGUGCAUCCACUUCGGCAUCUGGGGCAUGGCGUCCAACUACAUCAAUGCGCCCGACGCACAAGUGGCGGAGCUCAUCCGGGGACCGUUCCUGAUGGUACGUAACGACACACAAGGGCGCUGCAGUGUACCUUCGUGGCUCGUGUGUGUGGACGUGCGUGUCAGACGAUGGCGAUGCUGGGCGACAUCUUUUUCUCGGCUCAGUGCCUCAUGUACGGCCCGGCCAUCUUUCUGCUCGACCGCUACCAGCCCACCGAGGUGACUGGAGGUGUGGCCAGCAAGCCCAAGGGCAGCACAUGGCUCGGAUGGGCAGUCAUCAUCACCAGAAUGGCCACCAGCUGCGCAAGUAAGCCAGCGGCUAGGCAGGAAGGCAGAGAGGAGGGGGGGUGCGAUGGCUGUGUGUACCUGUUUGCGCGUGUGCAGUAUGUGGGCGUGUGAUCAUUCCAAUGACGUGGACCCCCACCCUGACGACGCCCUAUGUGUGGCUGGCGCUGUCCUUCAUGCUGGUCGCCGGAGCGUGCAGCACCGCAUGGGCAUUUACCUUCGAGCCAGCCGUCAAUCGCCAGCUGAUGCUGCUCGAGGGCGGACAGGCCAAGACACACUCACCGACCAAACGCAGAUGAGCCUGGAGUGCUCAACCGAGAGAGAUGGACUGGCCUCUGUGUUGUGUGUGUACGUGUGUAUGGGUGGGAGUCUGUGAGUGAGUCAUUUUGUAGUGAGAUUGAUGGAUGGAUGGAUGGAUGGAUGGGCGGCGGCCUGGCUGGCUGGCAAAGCAGGGUAUGUAUGUGUCAUAUGGCGGUUAGCCGAGACCUUGAGCAUCUUUUUCGUUGGACUGAGAGCGUUUGAGAGUAUUUGUUGGCGUCUGUGUGGGGGUAGUCUCCCACACAGGGACAGGCCACGCCA